CUCAGUGGCCACCUCACCCUCUUACUCUCUUACUCUCUACUCAGACUAGAGAACAGCAGUCAACAGCAGGCAGUCUAGAGACAGGUGGCGCUCGGUGAGGUGACUGCUCCUCUCUCUGGCAAUUCAGGCUCGCUCGCUCAGGUUAGGCUGCUACAUUUUCCUGUGGCAGUUAAGGUGACGCUCGCUCGGAGACUGUGACUGCUCCUCUCCUGGCAGUUGAGGUGACACUCGCUCGCUCUGGUGACUAAGGUGACACUUGCUCGCGUGACUGUGACUGCUCCUCUCCUGUGCCAGUUGAGGUGACAGUUCAGACUCGCUCGGUCGCUCGCCUGGCGAUGACAUGUCGACCUGGAGCAGCUCCCCAUCCAGUGUGGCCUACAAACGGUGGAAAGACACGGACAGUGUGGUCUUCCGGCCAGGUGGGGGCGCCCUUCCCUCCGUGUCUGAGGAGCAGUGUGGGGACGAUGAGCUGUACGUGACUGGAGUGUCUACGGUCCAGGAGCAGGUGGAGCACGGGAGGGGAAACGGACACGCUGACAAGACACACACCGAUGAGACGUUCACUGUUGAGGAUGCUGUGGAGGCCAUCGGGUUUGGAGUGUUCCAAUGGAAGCUCUCACUACUCACCGGAGUAGCAUGGAUGGCUGAUGCCAUCGAGAUGAUGAUCCUGAGUGUUCUGGGUCCCCAACUGCACUGCGAAUGGAGACUGCCCAGCUGGGAGGUGGCCUUCAUCACAUCCGUGGUGUUCAUCGGCAUGAUGCUGAGUUCGUCUCUUUGGGGAAACAUCUCAGACAAGUACGGCAGGAAAUGGGGUUUGAUUCUCUGCAUGGCGUGGACGCUAUAUUAUGGUCUGCUGAGCUGCUUCGCUCCUGUGUACGGCUGGAUCCUGAUUCUCAGAGGCCUCGUGGGGUUCGGCAUCGGGGGAGCGCCGCAGUCGGUAACGCUGUACUCUGAGUUCCUGCCGUCCAAGUCCAGAGCCACCUGCAUCAUCCUGAUUGAGAUCUUCUGGGCGCUGGGCGCGGUGUUCGAGGUGCUGUUGGCCAUGCUGGUGAUGCCGACUCUGGGGUGGCGAUGGCUGCUGGCCUUCUCAACAGCGCCCCUGGUGGUCUUCAUAGGACUCUGCUUCGUAAGUAGCCAAUCACAUCGCCUCGUAAUGCACAGCAGGAAGGCGAAGGUGGAGCCCAGCUGUUCUCUGGAGUGUUCCUACCUCACACUAGCGGACUACAAGGACCUGCUGUGGACCACACUGGCCGAGUUCCCAGGUCUGUUUAUAACUCUGUGGGUGAUUGAUCGUUUGGGCCGCAGGAAGAGCAUGGUGCUGUGCUUUGUGGCAUUCUCCAUCUGCAUACUGCCCCUCUACGCAUGCAUAGGACGGGUCCCUCUGACCAUCUUCAUCUUCAUCGCCAGAGCCUUCAUCACGGGAGGAUGGCAGGCAGCAUACGUCUACACACCAGAGGUGUAUCCCACGGUGACGAGAGCGGUGGGCAUCGGCACCAGUAGCGGUCUGGCCAGGGUGGGAGCCCUACUAACACCCUUCGUGGCACAGGUCUUGCUGCGCUCCUCUGUCUACUUGACCUUAUCGGUAUACUGUGUGUGUUCUCUGCUGGCCGCAGUGGCCGCCUGGUUCCUUCCCAUCGAGACGGCGGGACGCGGCAUGCAGGAGUCCACACAGCUGCACAACACACACACACACCACCAAGACACACACACGCAGCAUCAAGAUACACACACACACGCCUCCAGCCCACCGCAGGCAGCCAACUACGGCAUGCAGGAGUGUGAAUACAGCAUGAGGACUCAUGAACACUGA